UUUUUUAAAAACAGAUUUAAACGUGAAGAAGUAGCCGAAAUAAUUACAUUAAAUCCUCAAAAGGGUAGAAACUCGCUCGCGGGGCAUUGUUCUUUUCUCAAUCGUUCUCUUUCUCGUUGAAAUCAAUCAGCUUGUAUGGACACUCCAACAAUUCUCUCACGUGAUACAACAAUGAAUGAAGAUGAAAACAAACUUAUAGCUCUUGACCUUGAAGGCGAGGACCAUGAUCUAUCUACGACAAGUUUUUUCUCUCAGUUAUUGCUUAAUGCUUCUCGGACUUCUUUGCAAAGAACUCGCAAAACCUUGAGGAUGGCUGAAGCCACUGAACAACCUUUCAGGCCCAGGGAGAAGCUUAAGCAGUAUCAGCAGAUUUUUCAGAACACCCAUAAACACACCUAUCUAAAAGGGCGUUUUGAUAAGAUUACUUCAGUUGCUAUCCCCCUUGCACUGGCAGGAUCCGCCCUGUUUCUCAUUGGACGUGGUGUUUACAACAUGUCUCAUGGGAUUGGGAAGAAGGAAUGAUGUUUCCUCGUCGCAGCUCACUGAAUCAUAGUGGCUUUAGUUUUCGACGACUUGGAAUGAGACGUGGAUUGUCAAAACUGUAGUUGUUUCAAAUAAUCUUUGUAAUCACAAGCUGCUGGAUUGUGCUAUCCCCCCUUUUUGGCUUCUAUAACAUUUGUGAAAAGUUUGCGUAUGUACUGAAAUUUGUGCUUUUGUCACUUCAGUUUGCAUAAUGUGUAUGAACACUUUGCACAUGUAUCAAGACAUUUGAUAAUCUCUAGUACCUGGAUUCUGAAA